AUGAAUAUACUUUUAGCUAAUAUGUUCUCAUUAUUAGGCACGCUUGUAUUAUCUUGUUAUGGUUUACCUCAAUUUCUAAUUGUUCUUGUUCUAUUUGACUACUUUAAAGUUUUUCAUACAGCUUUAUCACCUAUUUAUGCUCAUUUUGGUGAGACAAUAUUUAGUUUAUCAACAAUUCGUGCAUUUCGUCCUAUAACACAUUUUGUUGAACAUAAUUUUGUCUUAGUAUCAAAUAGUAUUCGUCCACAAUCUUCAUCCCUUGCUGAUAGUUCAUGGCUUAAUUUUCGUCUUCAACUUAUUAGUAUUAUCAUAGUUGCUGGUAUAUCAUUAAUUGGUGUUAUUGAACAUGUCUAUGCAAUACCAGGUUCAAAUCCAGCAUUAAUUGAACUUUCUUUAUCAUAUAUUCUACCACCUACUUGUCUUCUUAAUGGAUUAAUACUGAGUUUUACAGAAACAGAAAACAAUGGUUGA